GCCUCACUUUAGCAUCAUUCCCCAACACAAUUAGAGAGUUUGGUCCAAAAUACAACAUAGUAAAAUGGUGGUGGCAGAGUUCAAUAGUGGUGGUUUGAGAGGUAUGAGGGGCUUCAGCUACCAUGUUCUCACCGGUCGGUGGUUCAUGCUAUUUGCUUCUCUACUCAUCAUGUCCGUUGCAGGAGCAACCUACAUGUUCGGAAUAUACUCUAACGAAGUCAAAACCUCGUUGGGGUACGACCAAUCCACUCUCAACUUGCUAGGCUUCUUCAAAGACCUUGGUGCCAACGUUGGAGUGAUAUCCGGGUUGGUGAAUGAGAUAACCCCACCGUGGGUUGUACUCUCAAUUGGGGUCAUCAUGAACUUCUUUGGCUACUUCAUGAUAUGGCUCGCUGUCUCGGGUCGCAUUGCCAAACCCCAAGUUUGGCAAAUGUGUCUCUACAUUUGCAUUGGUGCAAAUUCUCAAACUUUUGCCAACACCGGUGCUUUGGUCACGUGUGUCAAGAACUUCCCAGGAAGCCGUGGCAGUAUUCUAGGCCUUCUCAAAGGUUAUGUUGGUCUAAGUGGUGCCAUCAUUGCACAACUCUACCAUGCAUUCUAUGGUGAUCACAACCCUCAGGCUCUUAUCUUGCUCAUUGCUUGGCUCCCUGCUGCUGUUUCCUUCCUUUUCCUUCCAACAAUAAGGAUAAUGAACACAAUACACCAACCCAAAGACAACAGAGUUUUCUACCACCUUUUAUAUAUUUCACUUGGCCUUGCUGUGUUUCUCAUGGUUUUGAUUGUUGUGCAAAACAAGGUUAGUUUCUCGAGGAUCGAGUACAUUGUCGAUGGCCUUGUGGUUUUCUCCUUUCUCCUUCUCCCUCUUGCUUUGGUAUUUAGAGAGGAGAUAAACCAAUUGAAAUCCAAAACCAUGGCUGAUUCAGAACCUCAGUUGAAAGUAGUAACUGAAGUGAUGCCACAUCCAAACGUGCAACAAGAAGUAAAAGCUACCACAAGCUCGCACGAGGAAAGUUGUUGUGCAGGGAACAUACUGAAACCUCCAAAGAGGGGAGAAGACUACACCAUUUUGCAAGCCUUGUUCAGCAUAGACAUGCUGAUUCUGUUCAUUGCAACAACAUUUGGUGCCGGUGGAACAUUAACAGCCAUAGACAACUUGGGACAGAUUGGACACUCAUUGGGGUACCCUAGUAAGAGCACUACCACCUUUGUGUCCUUAGUGAGCAUAUGGAACUACUUGGGACGCGUGGCUGCAGGUUAUGCCUCUGAAAUCUUCUUGACCAAAUACAAAGUCCCUCGUCCCUACAUGCUCACUCUAGUAUUGCUUCUCUCAUGUGUUGGCCAUGUUCUGAUCGCGCUUGGUGUCCCAAACUCUCUCUACUUGGCUUCGGUGAUUAUUGGGUUUUGUUUUGGGGCUCAAUGGCCGCUAAUGUUUGCAAUCAUAUCAGAAGUAUUUGGGCUUAAAUACUACUCCACGUUGUACAACUUUGGAGCUGCAGCAAGCCCUGUUGGGUCUUACAUUCUGAACGUGAAAGUGGCUGGUGUUUUGUAUGAUAAAGAGGCUUUGAAACAAUUGAAGGCCAAAGGCCUCAAGCGAGAAGCAGGGAAGGACCUGACUUGCGUGGGAGUGGAAUGCUACAGAAUGGCUUUUAUCAUAAUCACUGCUUCAACGUUGGUUGGUUGUUUUGCUUCGUUCGUUUUGGCAAUGAGGACUAGAAAAUUUUACAAAGGGGAUAUCUAUAGAAAGUUCAGAGUGGAACAUGAAACAACAGAGAAUGAGAUGGAAGUUACCAAGACUGGUAAUUAAUGUUUUGUUUGAAACAUAAGGUCACGUAACACUCAAAAAAUGAGUGGCACCAGGGGUACUCCUGCCACCACUACUGCCUUAGAGGAACCACACACAACUGAAAUCAAGUAUAAGUGUGUUUAAGUUUUAGCUAAGGUUAAUGUUUCGCUUUUUCUUGGUCAAUAUUAAUAAGUAUAAUUGUGUAAAAUUAGUCAAUGCUGAAUGAUAAGAAGUGUUAUCAAUUAGAGCACUUAUGUCUGUAAAUUAUUGUACGGUAUAGGAUAAUUAUAUUUUCA